GAGCAAGGGAAGGAGAUGUGCUGGCCUGGGUCUUCCUUGGGCUCACCGGUUCUCUCUCCAGGGUUCAACUCUACCACCAAUGUGGUGGUGCUGGCCGGCACCAACCGCCCUGACAUCCUUGAUCCAGCCCUGAUGCGGCCCGGCCGGUUUGAUCGCCAGAUUUACCUUGGCCCCCCUGACAUCAAAGGCAGGUCCUCCAUCUUCAAGGUCCACCUGCGUCCUCUCAAGCUGGAUGAGAGCCUCAGGAAUGAUGCCCUGGCAAGGAAGCUGGCAGCACUCACUCCAGGCUUCACUGGUGCUGAUAUCUCUAACGUGUGCAAUGAAGCAGCCCUGAUUGCUGCCCGCCACCUGAGUGCUUUUGUCCAGCAGAAGCAUUUUGAGCAGGCCAUUGAGAGAGUCAUCGGAGGCUUUGAGAAGAARACUCAGGUCUUGCAGCCCAGUGAAAAGACAACCGUGGCCUACCAUGAGGCAGGGCACGCAGUGGUAGGCUGGUUCUUGGAGCAUGCAGACCCCUUGCUGAAGGUGUCCAUCAUCCCCCGGGGCAAGGGGCUGGGGUAUGCCCAGUACCUUCCCCGUGAGCAGUACCUCUAUACGCGGGAGCAGCUUUUUGACCUCAUGUGCAUGAUGCUGGGCGGCAGGGUGGCUGAGCAGCUGUUCUUUGGGCAGAUCACCACUGGGGCUCAGGAUGACUUGAGGAAGGUYACCCAGAKCRCCUAUGCCCAGAUUGUGCAGUUUGGGAUGAGUGAGAAGCUGGGCCAGGUGUCCUUCGACAUCCCCCAGCAAGGUGAAGCCCUGGUUGAAAAGCCGUACAGUGAGGCCACUGCCCAGCUCAUUGAUGAGGAGGUGCGGCGCCUCAUCGGCUCUGCCUACGACCGCACCCUGGAGUUGCUGACUAGGUGCCGGGAGCAGGUGGAGAAGGUAGGCAAGCGGCUCCUGGAGAAAGAAGUGCUGGAGAAGGCCGACAUGGUGGAGCUGUUGGGCCCUCGGCCCUUCGUGGAGAAGUGCACCUAUGAGGAGUUCGUGGAGGGCACUGGUAGCCUGGAGGAGGAUACAUCGCUUCCUGAGGGCCUGAAGGGCUGGAACCAGGGACGGGAGGAGGGGGGCACAGAGCAGCACCUGCAGGAGAGCCCUGCAUAGCCUGUGCGCAGCCACCUGCAGGCACGUUGGCUGGGCUCUCAGGCAGCAGCUGCUACCCAGAGCUUUUGCAAAACAGCUGCCAGAGUAACUGGAAAACAAAUUAAAAUAAGUGACAACCCCAGACAGACAUCUUAGAUCAGGUGCUCACAGUCUAGAGAGGAGAGGGAGGGGAGUUGGCAGCCACCAGAGAGGAGGUGGCUGAAGGGGCAGAAGAGGUUCUCCAGCCCUUGGACCUCAUUCCUAGGGUGACUUUGGUCAGAGGGAGAGACAUCUGGGCUCUGACCCGUGGGAGCCAAGGAAGGACAAGAAUCUUCCUGGGGAGCCCUGGGUGUAGUGGCCACUAGGAAUCUGGAUCUUGUGGUGGAGACAGGCCCUCAGUGUCCUAGUGAGCCUGUCCGUGGGGAGGUGUGAAGGUGGGUUGUCUCAAAGUGGCUUGGAGGAAGAGUCUGGCCCAGCACAGAUACCCCAAGGUUUGGUGAGGCAGAGUAAAGAAAAGGAAGUGGUAAGCCAGUUAGUUACCAGGGACACCUGGGUCCACAGUGGCCAUUGUAUGGGGGAGAGUGGUUGUUUGGUAACCAAAAAGGAAACAUCACCACACUUGCAUCCCUGAGUUGAAGGCAGGGGUCACAGGGCGCCAUCUGGGGCCUGGGCCCUGUGGCAGCAGCAUCCUUUAAGCUUAAGGGAGACUUGGGUUCUCACCGGAGCCUGGCCCAGGGUGGGCAUGCCUUACUGACCAAGAUGAAUAGAGAUUCUGCUUUCCCCAGAAUCCCUUGUGUGGAGGUUUAGGGGAGGAUCUGGGCUGAUCCCCCAUGGCCUCCCCUCAGCCCUGAGGGAGGGUUUGUAGGGCCUUGAAGCCUCUGCAGAUGCCGCCUCUAUUAAUCCUCCUCUAUCUUUUUCAAUAAAAAGAAGACUGGUUCCAGGUCGUGAGCUCCAGACCUCAUGAUGCCCUGAAUUGAAAGUGUCCCCCUUUCCUUGGUCCUGGGGUUUGAGGACCCCUACUGCUGGGGCUCAGUGUGGCUGAGUGGGCCUUAGUGAAAGUGGGCUUCCUCCUGUGUCACGGGUGUGGGUGUGAGCCAUUCCAGCUGGCAGGCGCAUCUGGCUCAGCUUGGCUGCUGGCCAGCGUCCUGGGUGCCCCUCUGAGAGGAGGUUCUGCUGCUGCCCCACACUCCAGACCCUGGCCAAACUCUGGCUUUCUAGGGACUGGCACUUUCAACUUCCACAGAUUGUAAAAUGUACGUUGUUGAAUUUUUAAAUCUCAGGCUCCACCUAGAUCAUGGUCUUCACCAAGUUGAGUUGAGGCAUCUGGGGACUUCUUGGGUUCCCUCUGAUGGAGGCCAAGGGUGCUCCCUCAACUCCAGGCCCCUGUGGUAGGGCCUCCAGGGUCCUAGUCUGCCUUGUGCAUUCAGGUCCUCAGGCCUCGGCACCUCUUUCUAACCACACCUGAGCUGCUCCUGGUAGAACACAGUCGGGCCAGCUCCUCGGUGUCUCCCUCUACCCUCUUUACCUAUUUGGUCCUGCUCAAGGUGUUCAGUAAUUAGCACAGUCUGUGUACAGGGUGGUGCCUUGGCAGUAGGAUAGAAUACAGUCUUCUUGUCCACCCCAACUCAGUGAGGUCAUCCUACAGUCCUGUGGGUGCUGCUCUUUCUGCCACAGAAGUCUCAUGCUAAAGAGUUGCCAGCAGAUGAGUGAGCCUAUAGGAGUCAGGAGCCAGCAGCCCUUUUCCCGGUUAGAACUGGGAGCAGGUAAGGCUAGUAGGGCCUGUGCUUGACCAGGGUCUGCAUCCAGGUCCAUGUCCUCAGCUGCCUGAGGGAAGGGAAUUUAUUAUGGGAUGUGUCAGAGAGUGUCAGGAGUCACCCCCUUCCCAGAAAGCACGAGUCUAUUUCUGAGUCCAAACAUAGAAGGCCUGGCUUUCUGCUAGGGGGGGUCCAAGCUUCCCUUCUGGAGCCUCAUAGGGCAACUUUGUGCUGAGGAAGAAUGCAAAUGUAUGGGCCAGGCAGAAAGCAGGUCAGACCUGGCUGGGCCUCAUCCCUGGCCUGCCAGUGGCCUUACUGUGGCUCUCUCAGGACAUGGCCCUGCUGGGAAGGUUGAUCGCCAGGGAGUAGACCACCUUUGUGGGCUUGUGUGGGCAGGACAUUUAUUCCAAAGAAUUCCUUUUGCUGUCUUAGGGCAUAGGAAUCAGGGCACUGUCCUUCAAAUGCAACCCAGCAAGCAGCCUGGCGCACAGUGCAGCUGGAGAGCGGCCAGCGCCCUCACCCACAGCAGCCUGGUGUGCCUGUGGCAUUUGGAAGGAAGAGCCUGGCUCAGGCCUUCUGAGGGUGGCUGGACUUUGAUCUCACUCAGUGUGCCCCCCAGUGGCUGCAGCAGAAAGGGUGGGAAGUGGGGAGGGAGCCCUGGGGCACACAGCUGCCUUGAUAAGGUGAAAGAGAGAGCUGCUCAGUUCUUUUCCACUGGAAAUCAGAGACCUGGUCAGGCAGGAACUGGACUUUCCUUCAGAGGCCAAUACUACAUGGAGGUGGGGUGAGGGAUCAGAGGUGGGAGCCUCCUGGAUGUCCCCAGCACAUGGCAGAAGCCCCGUGCAUCCCUCUAGUAGAGACCUGUGAAAAUGAAGAUCAAGGGCCUGUCUUCCUUCCCCAGAAACACUUCAGUG